CCUCCCGGGCGCGCGCCCGCCCUCCGCUCGCCCCCGGCCCCCGGCUCCUCCUCCUCUUCUCGCCAUUGCAGUUGGGACUGGAGCAGCCCCGGCGAAAACCGCGUGGCUUUUUUUGAGGGGGGGUUGUGAAGACUCCGCAAGGCUGGUGGCAGGAGGGCGGCGGCGGCUGAGGUCGAGGGACCGGAACGCCGACAAGAUAGUUGAAGUAUUGGUAACUCCAAGGAAAGCUGUCACAAUUUGAAAAGAUAAGCCAAGACUGAUUUCCAGAAACUACAAGAAAAAAAGAAAGGAAAAAUGGCAUUGUAUCAUCAUCACUUCAUCACAAGAAGAAGAAGGUUUUCACAUUUCCAGCGUCCCAUGAGAAUUUUUGUGAAUGAUGAUCGCCAUGUGAUGGCAAAGCAUUCUUCAGUGUACCCAACGCAAGAGGAGCUGGAGGCCGUGCAGAAUAUGGUAUCUCACACUGAGCGGGCCCUCAAGGCUGUCUCUGACUGGAUUGAUGAGCAGGAGAAGGGCAGCAGCGAGCUCACAGAGGCAGAAAAUAUGGACACGCCCCCAGAUGAUGAGAGCAAAGAAGGGGCUGGGGAACAGAAGGCGGAACACAUGACUAGGACCCUGAGGGGCGUGAUGCGGGUCGGCCUGGUAGCCAAGGGUCUUCUGCUCAAGGGGGACUUGGAUCUGGAGCUGGUUCUGCUCUGUAAGGAGAAGCCCACAACCACCCUUCUGGACAAAGUGGCUGACAACCUGGCCAUUCAGCUCACUACUGUAACAGAAGACAAGUACGAAAUACUCCAGUCUGUGGAUGAUGCUGCGAUUGUGAUAAAAAACACAAAAGAGCCCCCCUUGUCCUUGACCAUCCACCUGACCUCCCCUGUUGUCCGAGAAGAAAUGGAGAAAGUGUUAGCCGGAGAAACGCUAUCAGUCAACGACCCCCCGGACGUUCUGGACAGGCAGAAAUGCCUUGCUGCCUUGGCGUCCCUCCGACACGCCAAGUGGUUCCAGGCCAGAGCCAAUGGGCUGAAGUCUUGUGUCAUUGUCAUUCGUGUCCUAAGGGACUUGUGUACCCGAGUGCCCUCCUGGGGUCCCCUCAGAGGAUGGCCUCUGGAGCUGCUAUGUGAGAAGUCCAUCGGCACUGCCAAUAGGCCGAUGGGUGCUGGCGAAGCCCUUCGAAGAGUGCUCGAGUGCCUGGCAUCCGGCAUCGUAAUGCCAGAUGGUUCUGGCAUUUAUGACCCUUGUGAAAAAGAAGCCACUGAUGCUAUUGGGCAUCUAGACAGACAGCAACGGGAAGAUAUCACACAGAGUGCGCAGCAUGCUCUGCGGCUCGCUGCGUUCGGCCAACUCCAUAAAGUCCUAGGAAUGGACCCCCUGCCUUCCAAAAUGCCCAAGAAACCAAAGAGCGAGAACCCAGUGGACUACACUGUUCAAAUCCCCCCCAGCACCACGUACGCCAUCACACCCAUGAAACGCCCCAUGGAAGAGGAUGGGGAGGAGAAGUCUCCCAGCAAAAAGAAAAAAAAGAUCCAAAAGAAAGAGGAGAAAGCAGAGCCUCCCCAAGCUAUGAAUGCCCUGAUGAGGCUAAACCAGCUGAAGCCAGGGCUGCAGUACAAGCUGAUCUCCCAGACAGGUCCUGUUCAUGCCCCCAUCUUCACCAUGGCUGUGGAGGUAGAUGGCAGUACCUUCGAGGCCUCAGGGCCAUCUAAAAAGACCGCCAAACUACAUGUGGCUGUAAAGGUGUUACAGGACAUGGGCUUGCCAACAGGUGCAGAAGGCCGUGACUCCAGCAAGGGGGAGGACUCAGCUGAAGAGUCAGACGGGAAGCCAGCAGUAGUGGCCCCACCCCCUGUGGUAGAAGCUGUCUCCAACCCUAGUUCUGUCUUCCCUUCAGAUGCCACUACUGAGGACGUCAAGCAGCAGGGGCCGAUAUUGACUAAGCACGGCAAGAACCCAGUUAUGGAGCUUAAUGAGAAGAGGCGUGGCCUCAAAUAUGAGCUCAUUUCUGAGACUGGAGGCAGCCACGACAAACGAUUUGUUAUGGAGGUUGAAGUGGAUGGACAGAAGUUUCAAGGUGCUGGUUCCAACAAAAAGGUGGCAAAGGCUUAUGCUGCUCUUGCUGCAUUAGAAAAGCUUUUUCCUGAUGCCCCCCUUGCCCUUGACGCCAACAAAAAGAAAAGAGCCCCUGUGCCUGUCCGAGGUGGACCCAAAUUUGCUGCCAAGCCACACAAUCCUGGCUUUGGCAUGGGAGGCCCCAUGCAUAAUGAGGUGCCCCCACCUCCCAACCUUCGAGGCCGGGGUCGAGGAGGGAACAUGCGUGGGCGAGGACGAGGGCGAGGAUUUGGUGGCGCCAACCAUGGAGGAGGCUACAUGAAUGCUGGCGCUGGAUAUGGAAGCUAUGGGUACGGCAGCAACUCGGCCACAGCAGGCUACAGUGACUUUUUCACAGACUGCUACGGCUAUCAUGAUUUUGGGGCUUCCUAGAGCGUCUAAAAGUAUUGACACAAAAUCA